AUGUGCUCUCUAAGGCAUGAUUUACAAAACGUAUCCACAUUCUUCCUGGAUGUGUACCUUCCUUGUUCGUUGAUAGAUUUUUUAAAAGUAAAAUUUAUUGUUACAGACGAGGAGUACUACCAGAUGCCUCUCCUCUUCGACCUGGACGACUACAACGGCUGCCUGGCGGUGGGCGGCGCCUACUGCCUGGGCAGUUUCGAACUGUUGCCGUUGGGACCCCACCCGCUGUUCCGUACGAUGCAGCGCUACUCUGCGAACUGGGUGGAUAACUUCAACCACACUCGGUUGCACCGAGGUCUCUGCCUCACCCGCAGCUGCGCGCCGCCCGACCACCAGAUCACGACCCAUGCGCUGGAGACAUGGUUCGCGUCAUGUGUGAACGCGACUACCAUGUCGACUUACAACCUAUCAGCGCAACUCUAUCAUCUGAACUACUGCCACCACGGGCCUCCACACUCGCCACCGCUGACCACCAGCGAGCGCGCCUUCUCCGCUCUUAUGGUGGCUCUGUUCGCGCUGGCCACCAUCAGCACAGUAAUUGACAUAAAGAUGAGCGACCAGACUAAAAAGGAGUACGGCUGGGCGCUGUGCUGGUCGCUGCGGCGCUCGUGGGGCGCGCUGACGGCGCCGGCGCCGGUCGCGCGCGCUGCGGACCUGGGCUGCUUUGACGGGCUGCGCGUGCUCAGCAUGCUCUCCGUCAUCAUCGAGCACGUCUGCUGGCUCGGCACGCUCGCCUACGUCGGCGACACUAGGUUCUACGAGACGGCUCGUCGUGCGCCGGAUGUGAUGUUGAUGACGAACAGUACGCUGAUGGUGCAAGUGUUCUUCAUCAUGGCGAGCUUCCUGAUGGCGCACAAACUGCUGUUAGAGACGAAGCAGGACUCCGCUAUCAGCACUUUCUUCAACACCAUGCUUUAUAGGAUUGUCAGGAUAAGUCCCAGUUAUUUCGUGGUGCUGUGGUUCGCGUGUUCGUGGUGGGAGCGGCUCAGCGGAGGGCCCCAGUGGGAGCUGCUCGUGCACUCCGAGGCAGACGUGUGUCGCCACAAAUGGUGGACUCAUCUACUCUACUUGAACAAUGUUCUUUACCCGGAUGAGAAGUGCUUGAUACAGACUUGGUAUCUAGCAGCAGACAUGCAGUUGUACGCUGCAGCGUUGCUUUUGACGCUGUUGCUGCGCGGUCGCCGCUUUGCAAUGCAGCUGCUCGCUGUACUAUUUGCAGCGGUAACGUUGGUGCCGUUGGGGCUGGCCUACGCUUGGCAUCUCAUACCCACCUUCCACCUUCAUAGACCUGAGUCGGUGCGCGCGGCGUACAGCGGCGACGCGUCGUUCACGUGGCUGUACCAGUCGCCGCUGGGCAACGCGGCGGGCGCGCUGGGCGGCGUGCUGCUCGCGCACGCGCACCGCGCGCUCGCCUCGCGCGGGCCCUCGCUCCGGGAGAACCAGAUAUUCCGCUGGGCGUCAAUAGCCGCAGCGCCAGCGGCAACCGCGUGGGUGGCGAUGUCCCCCAUGCUGCUGGGCGCCGGCCCGCCCAACCGCCUCGCCGCCGCGGCCCUGGCGGCGCUCGAGCGACCGAUAUUUGUGGCCUUAGUCACUAUUGCCCUACUUGGUGCUAUUAAUGGUGUCGAUUCUCCGUGGAGGCGCUGGUUCUCGAGCGGCGGCACGGUGCUGGCGCGGCUGUCGUUCGGGGCGCUGCUGCUGCACAUGCUGUUCAACAAGUCGUUGCUGGCCACGCGCCACGCGCCCGUGCAGCUCGACCGACAGUCGGCCAUUAACGAUUGGUUCGGUGUAGCGACAGUGUCUUACGCGGCGGCCUUACCACUCGCCCUACUGGUCGAGCUGCCAGCGCAAGAGUUAUACAAACAAAUAAGGAAAUCUAGGAACACUAAAUCAAGGCAAUAA